AUGGAGGGGACCAACUACAUGUCACAAACCCAAGAAGACCCAGAGGACGAUGAUGGAGGAACCAACCCCUACGAAAAUCCCCUCCCCAARAACAGCUGUAGCUGCAGCUGUAAGAAGAAGCCAUGUGUUGAGAUUGGCUUAAGGCUUUUAGCUUUAUUUCUUGCUGUCGCUUUGAUUUUGUCAAUUUUGUAUCAAGUGGGAUACCGGCCAUGGGAAGUCACUCAUGCCAGAGUGYUUCAUGCCAACACAAAAUAUGGAAAUUUGACAUGCUGGAAUGUCAACGCUCUCAACUUGUUCCUACCCUGGGGGGCUAAYCAAACCAACAAAACUGAUUUUUGGAACAGAGUGAAAAGAAUGGGUUAUGAAGCAUGGAAAGAMAACCUAGAUGAUUGGGAUGCCUGGACGAACGAAUUGGCACAACAGAACUUCACUGAAGACCACAAUUGGACAGUCUCAAACAUACUAGCCACAAAAGAUGGAUUGGUAGUAUGGGUUAAAAUGCUAGAAGAACAUGAAACCAAGACAACAAAGUGUAACUGGAUACAGCCAGAAGGAGAACCACCCGAAUGGCACUGUGACUGGGGAUGCAGGCCUCUGUUAGGCCUGGCACACCAAGGAUACUGGCAAUAUGAAGCUAUAUUUCCAGCACCCCACAAACAUGUAUAUUGCUCGGCCAUAUUUCCAAGAUGGGAGUUUUGGGGACACUAUGAUCUCAAAUGUGACAAAAUUCCGGUGAUGAACAGAACCAGAACUAAACCAGCAAGGAAACACCCAACGUCCUACAAAAAGAAGGCCAAAGUAGCAACUAUCCAGCACAGUAUUGUUGUAACAUAUAAUGGUUCAAUCCAAGGUGCUGCUCCGACUGUGCAUCAUGGUAAAAAGCAAACUGAACAACAUGCUUCGGAAGAAUGUUUGACCGACAUCAGACGCCUCGAUCCCUGCAUAUGGAACACAUGGGUGAGGUGUGG